AUGCCAACUCACAGUCAACUAAGAAAUUUUCUUACAUUCAAUGAUUUACCAAAUGGAUGUAUUGAAUAUCUACUUAACAAAUUAUACAUACAAUCUAAUUCACUUCUUAUUCAAUUGAAUCUAAUCCGAAUUAAUAAUGAUCAAAUGAAUAUAGAUUCAGCAUAUACUACUGAAAUCACUUCUAAACAUCAUCAUCAUCAGAAUGAUGAUGUUGAUGAUGAUGACGAUGACGAUGACGAUAGAUCGUUAAUGACAUUUGAUAAGUUACAUUGUCUCCUUAAAUUAUUAUGUUUAUUUGGAAGAAAUGAUCCUAUUCAACAAUUCAUUAUUGAAGAUCAUUCUAUUCAUCAAAUUAUAUUAAAUCUAUUGAAAUUGAUUUAUCAUUCAAAAGUUUUUGAUCUAUUGAAUCUUAUAGUUUACUUCAUAGAAACAUUCUAUGAUCCUUAUGGAAUGUGGAAUAAAUGGAAAUCUAUUUACUAUGAUCAAAAAUAUGAAAAUUUAAGAUUUUUCACUUCUAUAUCUACAUUAUCAAAAGAAUCACUUGAUAAUGUUCAUUUAAGUAUAUUCGAUUUAAUUAAACAAAACAAUGACAAUGCAACAAUACGAACUUUACUGAUCACCGCUUAUUGUUAUAUAUCCGUUGGAUGUUAUGGUUUUUUAAAAUACAAUCAUGUACACGAUUUGUUUUGUUUAAUCAAUCAAUCAAAUCGACCACUUACGGAAUUAUCAUCAGCAUCAUCAUCGUCAUCAGAACCUCAGGGAAUUUAUUAUAAUGUAAAUGAACAGUAUUCUUUUGGAAAUGAUUUCUCACAGAAUACCAAGACGAAUAUUGACCAAUCAACUCAAUCUCAACAAUAUAAUGAAGAGUUUGUUGUUAUAUCAAGUUUUUUAAUUUAUGGAUUAAGUCUUCAAGAACCAAACAUGAUUACAUUAAAAUUAGCGGUAGAUCAAUUUCGUUCUGAUAUUGGUAAUAAAAGAACUCUUUCCACUAUUGAUUAUUAUUAUCAAAUUCUACUUAUACAAUUAUCCAGUCGUAUAAGACUAUGUUAUCAAAAUCAACCAGAGAUGCUUCUAUCAAAUAUACAACCAGUAACAUUCAACGACUCGUCGUCAUCGACUUCUUCUUCUUCCUUUAAGAGAUAUUAUCAAUACUUUUUAACAUUUCUAGCCUCAAUUGAUAUGAAUCAAUCAUAUUCUAAUAUAUUUAUUACAUCACAAUUAAAAAGUGAUACAACAUUGAUACCUUCUCCUUUAUCUAUAAAAAGAUUACCGAAUUCUUUUUAUGAUCAAUUAACAGAAUAUCUAUGUCAUUUAUAUGAUCCCAAAUCAGAAAUGAAUCAUAUUCUCAAUGUGAUUGGUAAAAGUCUUUUAUGUUGGGCUUUUGGAAUACUACCAAUGUGUAUUGAUCCACAAUUAAAUCAUUUGAUAGACAAUCCUUGUAAUGAAAAUAAUUCAAAAUCGUAUACCCAUGUUAUUAUUCAUGGUGAUAUUUUGAUUGUUUUAUUAAAUUGGAUCGUUUAUUUAUGGAAUGUAAUGAAUUCAUCACAAUGUUCAUCAUACAACAAAUCAAUAAAUGUAACCAUUUUUCAUAUCAUUCAUCAAAUAUUGAAAAUAAUUAUUGAUUGUUUAUUGGAUCGGGAUACAAUUGGACAAUUGAGUAAAGCAUAUUGUUGUCAAGUUGGAUUAAUUCGAUAUGCAAUAAUUCCAAAUAUUGUUAAAUUAUGUGAAUUAUUAAAACAUAAACUUGGCAUAUUGAGUACUGAACAAGAAAAAGUUGAUUAUAAGGUAGUGAAAUAUCAAUAUUUCCAAACACUUAAAAUCUUCAAUAUGUUUUUAACCAUACUUCAAUGUUUAGGAGAAUUUUCAAUGUCUGCUCCAGAUCUUGCAAAUUUCCUAAGAAUGUUUCGUUCAGAAUCUGUUAGAUUAUUUUGUAAUAGAAUACUACAAAUACUUGUAAAAAUUACACAAAAAACUCAGCUGAAUUUAACUGCAUUACCAAGUUCUGGCUAUUGGUUUCAAUUUAGUCAACCACAAGACAGUCUUCUUGUUUUACCAGUUGGACCGGAAUUAGGAGAUUUAAAAUAUGAUCAAGAUAUCACUAUUACUUUUGAAAACUCAUUUACAUCAAUCAAUCCAUUAUCAACUGAUAUGAGUUUACAUUUUUGGUUAUCGAUUAAUAAUCAAUCAACUGAUAAUGAUAAUUCACUUAGUGAUCAAUUUCAAACAAUCGAUUCAAAACGAUACUGCCUUUUCAGAUUAUUAUGUACAAAUGGAAAUGGUUUAGAGAUAUUUUUGACAAAAUAUGGUUAUUUAGUUGUUGCUGUAUCAACACAAGAAGGUUUCAAUUAUGUUGUUACAUGUGGGCCAGAUAAAUUAACACCGUGUGAAUGGCAUUCUGUUGCAGUUGUCUUUUGUCAUACCCGUCGUCUUUUAGUUACCAAAGCUAUACUCAAAGUCUUUAUAGAUGGUAAUAUUUGUUAUUCUGGGGAUUUUCCUCAUCCACAAAUAAACGGAAAUAUAUUCAUUCUACAUAUUGGUGGUUGUCCAAAUUGGGUUGAUCAAAUUGCUUACACUAAAUUAUUAUGUAAUAUCAAUUCUAGAACUGGUCGACGUAAUGCUGUUAUAUCUAAACAACAAACGAUGAAUAAACGUUCAUAUAUCAAUCGUGAAACUUUAUCUGUUUCAUCAAUUUCAUCAAUAUAUCAAGAAAAUUUAAAGAAUUCCUUUAAUCUUUUCUCUCAACAACUUGAAAUUGGUAAAAUACAUAAAGUGGAUCUAGGUAAUGAACGUUUAUUAUGGGGAAAAUUAUGUUCAUUUCAAGGGAAAUUAAUUUCAUGUUCUAUGUUUAAUGAAGCAUUAUCGGAUAUUAUAUGGCAAGAAGUUUAUUCACAUGGACCUUGUAAUUUAACAUAUCUAUUGGACAAUGGAUGUUAUAAUAUAAACAAUACUACUACCAAUACUACUACUACUACUGCUACUAAUACUACUUAUACCAAUAUCAGUAGUAUUAAUACUGAUGAUUCUACUGGGAAUAUAAAUCAUUUCACAAAAAUUAUAUUUCAUUAUCAUGCUAAAGCAGUAAAUUUAUAUAAUUCUAUAUGUUUAGAAUUAAAUAGUGAAAAUCUUGGUUUAAUUAGUGCAUUUGAAUGUAUCCAUUUGUUACCAUGUCAACAAGAAAAUCAAUAUUUAUUAAUUAAUGAAAAUUUUUAUCAUAAAUAUUUAUGGUUUAAACAUAUUUAUUAUAAAUGUAAAAAUUAUGGUGGUUUACCAGCAACCAUAUUAGGACCUAAACGAUUUGAAACAUUCCGAAUAACUGAUUCAAUCAAUCAAAUUGGAGGUAUGGGUGUACUGUUACCAAUUCUUAAAUUACUUCGAUAUUUUCCAACAAAUGACUAUGAUAAUUCAUUGAAGAAAUUGUAUCCUAUAGAUGCUACAUAUUUAUCAACAGAUGAUAUAGGUUUAACUGAUCUAUUCAUCUUUGCAUAUCAACGUUAUAUUCAUGAUAUGAAUAUUGUGUUCAAUGAUGAGAUGACAAAAACUGAUAAUCUACCUCAUGAUAUGGUCUCCAUGAAGACAUCUUAUAAUGUUUCAUUGAAUGAGUCAAGUGAAUUACGUCCACGUUCUACAUCUCUUUCGUUAAUUGGCACUGAUGGUACUAGUAAUAGUACACCAAAUUCAAAAGAUGAACGAAGUAGUUCUUUUUGUUCAAUUAUAUCUAAUAGUACAUUGAGUAAUAGUAGUGUGGCUAAUCUACUCUUAAUUCUUCGUAAUUUAAUAUUGUCAAAACCGGAAAAUCGUGUACAAGUUUUAUCUCCUGAUUUUAUAUUACCCCUUUUAUACCUUUUAAAAAAGCUUCAUCCAUUACGUUUCGAUUCAUUUGUAGUAUCUACAAUUCAUGAUCUCUUCCGUGUUCUUAUCUAUUUACCUAGUAAAAGACAAUCUUUAUUCAAUAUGAAUACAAUACAAAAUUGGUUUGAUAAUCAAACUAAUCAAAUAUUAUCUGGAAAUGUUUUAUAUCUUGCUUGUCAAUUAUUAUUAGACUGGGAUUUAUGGUCAAAACCUAAUUCCAUAGCAAUUAUGUUACAUUUACAGAAAUUAAAUCAAUUGGUUAUUGAUUAUAAUAGUUUAUUAAAGGAACUAUCAGUUGAUUCAUUAUUAGGAUCACUUGUACAGUAUCAUAAUCAUUUAGAUUCAUGGUUAAAUGAUCUGCCCACAACAUAUACUACUGAUAUCUUAUUCAAACUACCUAUAUUAACUACUAAUAUAAGAAAUAAUAAUGAUAAAUAUGAAUUAUUAAUAUCAAAUCAAAUAAGAAUAGAAAUGUGUAAAUUAAUUGAAGUGAAACUGUUGCCAAGGACACAAAGUAAAGAUUUAAUGAAAUUAAUUAAUUUUAUUAUCACUUGUCCAAUUAUGAUAUUGGUAAAGGAUGUAAUAACUAUGUUACAUAAUUGUUUUGAUCGAACUCAUACCAAUGAUCCAUUUACAUUAUUCAUUUAUGAAUCAGAUUUAAUUGUAAAAUUGUAUAGUUUAUUACUUAGAUCAAAUUAUCAAGUGGAUAUUGAAACUAAGAAAUUAGUAUUAAAGUUUAUUCAUAAAUUAGCUUUAUCUGAUCGAGUCACGGAUAAAUACAAGUCACAAUUAUUUCUUAAAGAUUGGAAUGGUUUCAGUUCAUUAUUGAAUGAUAAUAAUAAUUCAAAUAUAUUAAUAUUAUUACAAGAUUAUGAUAUUGUUAAAAUAUUCUUGGAUCUAAUGAAACGUGGUCCUUCAUAUGAUAUUUUGGGAUUGUUACGUUUAAUGGAUCUAUUAUAUCAAAGUCCAUUGAAAUUUCGUAUUUUAGCAGUAAAUACCUUUAUGGAUAUAUUUAAUAAAUCAUCAAGAUAUGUUAUUGAAAUUUUAAAUCAAUUCCCAGUAUUCUUGGAUUCAUUUUUCCGUUUAUUGAUUAAAUGUCCUAAAGAGAAUACUCAUCAACUUGACCGAAUAUCAAUAUCUCGAUUUGGAUUAAGUGGGAUUCGCUUACCACAAAAACAUUUAAGUGACGUUCAUUCAAAACGUCUAGGAUCAACGAAUGAUUCUGGUCAUGGUAGUUCAAUUAAUUCACAAACUGAUGACUUAUACUCACCAACUCUAUCUAUUCCACAGAAUAAAACAUCAAUAACAUCAUCUUUAUCAAAUAAUGAAGUAGAAUCUGUCUUCAAUAGUCCAACCAAUACACAUAUCCCUGAUACAAUGGAUGAUAUGAAAGAUAUCAACCUAUUGAAUUCAUUCCCCAUUUCAAGUAUGAAACAAGAACCUAUUACUAUUUCAGAUCAUAUUAGAACAAAUCAACGUUCAGUUUCAAUAUCCAAUAAUUAUAAUCUAAAAAAAACUUUACCUAUUCAAUCUCCAGUUUCAUCUUCUAACACUUCUCAACAUUAUACUACUUAUAACAAUAUACAUAGUAGUAUAAGUAAUUCAUAUAAAUUAUCAUUAAAAAAUGAUAACAUUUUAGAUAAUUUAACUCAAUUAAUUAUUAAAUGUUUACAUGAAAUUCUAUGGAUGUCUAGUCAGUUAGAACGUUGGCAUUUGAGUACAACCAUUACAAAUGAUGAUCCAUGGGUGGGAUAUUAUAGAGCUAUGGUAUCAUUUAUGGAAAUCAGUAGUCAGUAUGUUCUUAUAAAACCUGCAUUUUGGAUUAUUCAACGACUAUUUGAAUGCAUUAUUUAUUCAUUAGAACAAUCAUUACCAAAUUAUAAUCAGAAUUUGUUGUUUCCAGGUGCAGUUGAUGGAGAUAAAGUUCGUAGAGUUGUUCAUUUAUUUAUGAUGUUUCUAGUUGAUACUACUUGUAAUCAUAAAAACUGGAUCGAUUAUGAAUAUCGGGUAGAAUUAAUGGAAUCCUUACUACAUUUAUUGCAAGAAUCACUUCUUAUAUGGGAAUUAAAUUCAUUACAAUGGAAAGAAGUUCAAGCAUUAACUAUACAUUUAAUUCUAUGGUGGAUUAUUAAUAAUAGUUAUUUACAAUCUCGUCUAUUUAUUUAUUCAUUAACUCAAUUACAUUAUAUCAUUUGUCAAUUGGAAUCAAGAUCAUGUUUUGAAGAAAUUGCAUUUCUUGUUUAUCGUUUGGACAAAGUAAUUGAAAUAUGGUCAAGAUAUGAAGAAUCCAUGAUAAAUGUAGAUGAUAUACAUAAACUGGAAAAACUCAGUGGAAUUCCCAGUGAUCAUUCCGUGAAUAUUCCUCUUAAUCACGAUGUAAGAAAUGUAAAUAAAAGUAUUCCUUCUGAGACUAAUCCUAUCAGUGACCAUUUAUCAUCACAUAUGAAUACCAAUUCACAAUCACAUAAUCUACUUUUAUAUUUAACUCCAAUAAUCUUUAAAUUAUUUAAAGAUUAUAGUGUACUAUUAGAAAUGGAAAAGUGGACACCUAAUUUACCAAAGAUGACAUCUGAUUUUCUCGAAAAAUUUAAAGUUUAUCGUACUAUACCACAUGGUGAAUGGCAAUGCUUUCUUGAAUAUCGUCUUCAACCAGUAGCAGAAUUCUAUACAAUUCAAUAUAUCAUCAGUACAGCAACAAAUCAAAGUAUAUAUCGUGCUAAAGCUAAUGACGAUAUUGAACAAUCACGUUAUAAACAUAAACAUUAUUUAGAUAAUAUAUCAUUUAAUUUACAUUCUUAUCUAAUACAUAACAUAUCUGAAAUAUCCAAUGAAUCAUUGAUCAUUCCAUGUGUUGUUGAUCCAUCAACUUCUGAAAAGUCAACCAAUCAUUCUGUAACCAUGACAACAAAACAUAUCACAUCAAUCGAUAAUAAUCAAUAUGAUAUACCUCAAUCCUUAUCAAUUAUUAACAAACAAAAUUAUUAUCCAACAGAAAUAGAAAAAUAUAAUCAACAAAUGAAUUAUUGGCAUGCUUUAUCAUAUCGAUUAAUGUAUACAUCAUUGAAUGCUCCAUGGUUUAUAAGUUAUGCAAAAGUUGAACAUUGGCGUUUAUCUGCAUUGGAAACAAUCAGUCGUAUACGACCAAAAUUAGAACCAAAUGUAACAUUCAAUUCACAUAUAAAUGCUAGUGCUAAACGAGAUGGUUUAUCUUUAAUUAAAUUUAUACAAUCACGUAUACGACCACAUUCAGUAGAUAAUGAUCAUACAUUAUCUACAACAUCUAUUUGUCAUUCAUUAUCCACAUUGAAAGCUUCCUCUAGUGAAGCUAGUUUAGACAUUUCACAGAAUGAUGAAAUAGAAUGUAAUACUGAUGUUAUUAUGAGACAAAUUAUGAAACAUCCUCAACUUUUGAAUCAAACAUCCAUUGAAGGAAAUGAUGAUCGUCAUGGAUCGACUUCAAAUAAUGAUGAUAUAAUCCAUAUAGAAAAUGAAGUGUUUGAUUUAUCGGAUGAUCGACGUGGUACAUUAAUUCCAGAUGAAUCUAUAAAAACUCCAAUCAUCUUAUCCAAUUCUUCGAACACUUCCAUUAAAGAUUCAGUCAAUGAUGAUAACCAAUUAAAUCAACUUAAACUAAGAAACAAUUCUAAUAAUGAAUCCUUUAUCUCAUCUAUAUCAUCUCAUCAAUCAACUCCAUUGAAUUCAUUGAAUUCAUCAAUGAUUCACUAUAUACCUCAAAUACAAAAAGGUAAAGGUAUUCUAUUCAGUGUGAAUACACAAUUAAUUCUAGCAAUUAAAGUCAUUCAAGGUAUAUUAACAUUAACACAAAAUCGUCUAAUAUUUGAUACAUCUAUUCAUAAUGUCAUUCAUGAUAAUAAUAGUAAUCUAUCUACUGAUGAUAACAAUACUACUUAUGAUACUACUGAAUUAUCAAUACCAUUUGGAUAUAAAAUUAUCAAUGAAAAAUUAGAUGUAAACAAUACAAAAUUGAAUCAUUCUAGACAAAUAUUCUAUAUUCGAUAUAAUUGGUCAUUAGCUAAAUUACGUGAAUUACAUUUACGUCGUUACAAUCUACGUCGUUCAGCUAUUGAGAUAUUUUUUGAAAACAAUUCUAAUUAUUUUUUUAACUUUGAAACUAAAAUUCGUAAUAAAUUCUAUUCGAUCAUUAUGAGUUUACGAUUACCAAGAUUAGUUUAUAGUCAAAGUCGUAAUCCUAGAGAAACACUUAAAUUAUCUGGACUUACAGAACGUUGGGUAAAUAGAGAAAUAUCAAAUUUUGAAUAUCUAAUGCGUUUGAAUACAAUAGCUGGUCGAACAUUUAAUGAUUUAGGUCAAUAUCCUGUGUUUCCUUGGAUUUUAGCUGAUUAUACUUCUUCAGAAUUAGAUUUAAAUUCACAACAUACAUUUCGUGAUCUUUCACGACCUAUUGGAUUAGCUAAUCCGAAAUUCAUUGAAGAAGUCAGAGAGAAAUAUAAUUCAUUUGAAGAUCCAAGUGGUGUUAUGCAAAAAUUUCAUCAUGGAACUCAUUAUUCAAGCGCUGCUGGUGUCUUGCAUUAUCUUGUCCGUUUGGAACCGUUUACAACGUAUCAUGUAAAUUUACAUGGAAAUAAAUUUGAUGUUGCAGAUCGUCAAUUCUAUUCUAUUCCAAAAGCAUGGCGUUUUAUAUUAGAUAAUCCAAAUGAUAACAAAGAGUUAAUUCCGGAAUUUUUCUUUUUACCUGAAUUUCUACGAAACAGUAAUAAUUUUGAUUUAGGCUUUCGUCAAUAUAAUCAAAAUCGUAUUCAUGAUGUAGAACUACCGAAUUGGGCUUCAACACCAGAAGAAUUUAUACGUAAACAUCGUGGUGCAUUGGAAUCUGAUUAUGUUUCAUCACAUUUACAUUUGUGGAUUGAUUUAAUUUUUGGUUAUAAACAACGUGGUCCAGAUGCAGUGAAUGCAUUGAAUGUAUUCAAUUUUGUAACAUAUGAAGGUGCUGUAGAUUUAGAUAAAAUUAGUAAUUCAUGUGAACGUGAAGCUUUAGAAAGUAUGAUACAGAAUUUUGGACAAACUCCAAGUCAAUUACUUAAAGUACCACAUCCAAAACGUUUAACCUAUUCUGAAUGGUUAUCUAUAUUAAUUCAUCAAUGUAGAUUACCUGUUAUUAGUUUAUUAACUUAUACUAAUCUUAAACAUGACAAUUCAAUACACAAACAUAACUCCUUAAUACAAUCAACAUCUACUACUACUACUGCUACUACUACUAAUACUACUAAUAGUAGUAGUAGUAGUAGUAGUAGUAGUAGUAGUAGUACUAGUACUAGUACUACACCUAACAGUACAAAGCCUACAACAUUCUUUCAACGUCUUUUAUCUGAUAAUAAUCCAAAUGAUUAUUUUCAUUCAAUAUUCAAUACUCAUACAUUAUUUGAUAAGAUUGAAUUCAUCAAUCAUAAAUGGUGUACUAUAAAACAUUCAAAUAUCAAUGAUAUUGGUAUUAGUAUAGAAACAUUAAAAUUAAAAGAGAAUACAAUAACUCAAUUGAAUUCAAUCUAUUUAAUUGUUAUACCAGCAUUUUGUUGUCCAUCUAAACAAGAAUCAACUAUAGUGAAUACAAUCAAUAAAGAUUUAUCUUAUACAGAUAUUUAUCGUUCAACAAAUAUAUUAAAAACUCGUUUAUUCUCUACUGGGAAUUCAUCGAUGUUAUCAGCAGUAGCAGCAGCUGCUGCUGCUGGAUUAGUGACAACAACAAUGGCAGCAACAACUACAACACCGCCACCACCACUACCACUAACAACAACAACAAUAUCUGAAAAUCAAUUACCAAAAUCUAAUUGGGAACGUUUAGCAUCAGCUGUUUUUACUAUUAAUAGUAGAGGUAUUAUUGAUCGAUAUUUCUGGAUACCAACUGAUCAACAAUCUAUAGAAUAUAAGAACAAUAAUAUUGAACCUUUAGAACAAUAUGGUUUAUUCUAUGAUUCAUAUCGUUCAUCACAAUAUGGCUCUGUUGGACCAUUUGAUUCAUCAUGGAUUCAUUUCAUUGAAAAUAUAAAUAAUUUUAAACUUGAUGAAAUAUUUUCUUUAAAUUUAUCUAAUACAAAACAAUCUUCAUCUUUAAAUACUAUUGGUUCACAAUUAUUUGCAUUAACGUAUGAUGAUAAAUGGUUAUUUAUUGGUGGAAGAUGGGAUGGACGUUUAACUAUAUAUAAUAUGUAUCAAUCAAAAAUUCAUGCUUUAUUAACAAGUCCACAUAUAGAUACAAUUAGUUGUGUUGCUAUGGAUUCAGCAUAUAAUUUAAUUGAUCGACAAUCAUUUACAUAUCAUGGUGAUUUUAAUAAAAUCAAUAAAUUCUUAAUAGAUCAAUAUAAGAAUUCAAUUAGAACACAUUAUUAUAUUAUUACUGGUAGUCGUGAUGGUACAUGUGCUAUAUGGGAUUUUGAUAUUUUAAAUGAAGAAGAUAAUGAUGAUCGUGAUCGUGAUCAUGAUUAUGAUCAUAAUGAUGAUCGUGAUGAAGAAGAAGAUCUCAUAGAGUUUCGAUAUGAUCAUUCACCUUUUAUUAAUGAUUCAUUAUUAUCAUCAUUUAAUCAAAGAAAAUUAUUAAAUAGUAAUAAGUUUUUUGGUAGUCAAGAUGAUCUAUCAAUGAAUUUUGAUCCAAAGACUAUACAUGAUGAACAUGAUCAAAAGGAACAUCCUUCAUGUUAUCGAUCUUUUGAUGAAACUGGAUCAUCACCAUCAUCAUCAUCAAGAUUAUUAUUCAAUACAAUCUAUUUACCUAAAAUGAAUUAUCAUUUACAAUAUAAAAAUGCUGGUAUACCAUUUUAUCCAUUUCAUUCAUAUAAAUCUAAAAAAUCAAAACGUUUAGCAAAAAUAAUAAAAAUUUUCUAUGGAAAUUUAUAUGGUAACCCAGUAACAUGUGUUGCAUUAAAUAUUGCCUUAGAUACAGGUGUCAUGGCAACAAAUGCUAAUCAUGAUCUAUAUUUAUUUAGUGUAAAAUUAUCAAAUUGGUCACGUGUACUUAAAUUGAAUACAAUCGAAUCAAAUAUUAUAAAUGAAAUACAUUAUCCAUUUGAGAUAUAUCCAAAUACAGAAAAGAUAUUUUUACAUAGAAAUAGAUAUACUACUGUCAAUCAUCUACUUAUAUCACCUAGAUUAGGUUUAAUUUAUAUACAAUGGAAUGUUAUUAUAAAAAUCAAUCAAUCUAAUAUAAAUAAAGAAGAAAUUGGACCUAAAUUAAGUUUAUUUAAUUCAAUCGGUGAAAAAUUAUUAGAAAUUUCACCAUUUAUUUAUACUACUGAUUAUAAUCAUAUAAGUAGUAAUGAAUUAAAUCAAAUAAUUGUUACACAAAUUUUAUUAACAUCAACACCAAUUCAAUCGAAAUGUACUUUUCAUAAUGAAGAUGAUGAUGAUGAUGAUGAUCAUCAUCAUCAUCAUAAUACUGCAGAAUACUUAGAUGAUCAUUUCAAUCAUUCCAUAUCUCAACAUAUUCUAAUGUCAUUUAAUACAGGACAUUUGAUGAUUUUCAUGGCAGAAACAUUAGUACCUAUUUAUUGUAUUAAAUUAAAUGAAGGAAUUAAUAAUCUAUCAUUAUUAUGUAAUCUUUCAUCGAAUCAAUAUCUUAUUGAAGGUAUUCAUCUUAUGUUAUCAUUAAUGAAUAAUCAAUUAGUAAUAUUUCAAACAAUACGAAAGAAAAUAGAAAGAAAGCAGUUAGCAACAAGACAAGUAUAA